AGCUGCCCCACGACGGCCUUUUUCUCUUUGCUACCACCUUCAUGACAUGACGGCCUCACGAACAGUCUACACCGCUGCUACACCAGACCGUCUGUCCUUUUCUUCGGCGGACCAGGAUCUCACCGGCAUUCGCGCCCCAGCAAACACCCCAGUUCUCCCAGCAGCGAGUCCCAGAAGCUACAUAGACAAGUUUCAGGAUGCAUGGCAUGAUUUCAACCUCAAGACGAGGGGAGUUAUCAGAAAUAACACGGGAAUGCUUUUGGUUGCGUCGUCUCAGGGCUUUUUCGCGCUCAUGAAUGUGGCAGUGAAGAAGCUAAACAGUCUAGACCCACCCGUCACUCCUAUGGAACUCGUAUGCAUUAGAAUGGUUAUCACCUGGUUGUGCUGUGUAUCAUAUAUGUACAUCACCAAGGUUCCCGAUCCAUUCCUGGGGCCUAAGGGAGUCCGACUACUGCUUGCUUUUCGGGGGUUCUUCGGAUUCUUUGGCCUGUUUGGCGUAUACUACUCUCUUCAAUAUCUUUCACUGUCGGAUGCAACCGUCCUCACUUUCCUCGCGCCCAUGUUCGCUACUGUGACUGGUGCCCUGUUUCUCGGCGAGUCGCUUUACUGGAGGCAAGCUGGGGCUGGAUUAUGCAGCUUAUUCGGAGUCAUUCUGAUAGCACGUCCGGCGGUUCUGUUCGGGCGUGCAUCUCCAAUUUCCGACAUCUCCUUGUCUGACGGGACAGGGAACGUGGUAGAAGACGUCUCUCCAGCAUAUCAUGUAAUGCCUGCGCAGAGGCUUGGUGCAAUAGGUAUUGCCAUGCUCGGCGUCUUGGGCACUACCGGUGCAUACACCACUAUUCGGGCUAUAGGCAUGCGAGCGCACCCUCUCCACAACGUUGUCUCAUUUUCUUCUCAAUGUGUCAUCGUAUCUACCAUCUCGAUGAUUGCUAUGCAAACCAAAUUCGUCUUACCGAUGAGGCUUGAUUGGAUCGCCAUGCUGCUGAUGAUCGGAGUCUUCGGUUUCUUUGCUCAGCUGCUGCUUACCAUGGGGUUGCAACGUGAAGCUGUCGGGCGAGGAACCAUGGCUGUUUACACUCAGGUCGUCUAUGCGAUGACAUUCGACCAAGUAUUUUUCCACAGUCCCCCAUCGCUAAUGUCUGUCUUUGGGACAUUGAUAAUCGUGUUAUCGGCCGUCUACGUCGCUGUGAUGAAAGAAGACACAGGAAAGCAUAAACGUGCACGGAGCCAAGCAGUGCCGGCCGAGGAUAUCUCGCUUGAAGAAGGUCUGCUUGCGGUCCAUGAGGACACCGUUGAGCAAGACCCCCUGUUGAAAGAGGCGCGACUUCCGCAAGUUGCUGAGGAGGAGAGCUUCUGAGGAGUUCAUAUGCGCCGGAUCAAUAUCAUUUUACUGGUCACACCACGUCCUUUCGUGCGCAACAAAUUCUGUGUUCAGACGCUGCACUGACUGCUAUUGGGUUGUAAUAUAUAUAUAGAUCCACGUUCACACCCUACUGGAAUAGACUCGGGACGAGGCAGUCAUUGUAUUUACAUCCAGGACCGCCCAAAGUAUGUCCCAAUUUGGUUUGGGCACGAAAGGGCUGUGCUUUAAACUCUGACAUAUCAGCUCAAAAUCCGCCAAUAACGCGCUUGAGGUGUCCCGACUGGGGUGUACAAUACCUCGUACCUGGUUGAAGCUAAUCAGUUCGUGCCUGCAGGAUAAGAAAACCUCGACACUAGAGGCUCGGGCCCAUCUUCGCCGCUUUUCUGCGUUAUUCGCGAGCUCGUUCCCAUCCGCUUCUAACUCCAACAGGUAAAGAAUCGCUGGGGACGAGACUAAUUUUCCGAACCACCAGUUCCGCUAGCUGUGCGCCAUUUUUGGCCUUUGCCCAGGAUGUUCUCGAAGUUCCGUCAGAAUGUGCAGGCCGAGCGGACCAAGAAGACGGUCAAGGUUGUGAUCGAUACGACCAACGCAGUAGGCAAACCAGACCGACUAGAGCUUCACGACAUUCCGGUUCCGGUCUCGUUCGACUACCUUGUUGCCCAGAUGCGUUUGAACGAGUUUCCGGUGCCGACAGGGUCCAGCACGCGUACGCGGGCCACUCUCAACAUUGGACAGAUCGUCGUCUUUUGAUCUUAGUAUACUGAGUGGAUGCAUCAACGCCGAUGAGCCCUUACGUCGGUACUACCACAAUCAUUUGCGUGAUAUCUUCAAGAUAGAGCUACAAACAUCAGACCGAUGCGGAGAAGGAUGCGUUGCCCGGACUUAGCUAUGCCAAAAUUGGCAGCGGCGGUGACACAGUGGAUAUCGGAGGUGUCUCAAUCGCUUUCAUGAUGACCCUCAGGAUACCCGGUACGCUGUAGCAUGAUUGAUACUCGUAUCCCUAUGUGCAUAUUCAUUAUCGGUGGAAGAUGACGGGAAGACCUACGCUCUAGUACCUGUUGAGCUCGGUAGAUUCCCUCUGUAGUAACUUCUUCCUCAAUCUAUUGCGUGCGAAGGCGGCAUUCUCACCGGAAAGGAGGACCUGGGCGGAAUGCGGAUUGACGUUUUUCACCCCUACGAUGCACCUUCCUCCUUCUAUGGCCCGAGGCAAGUCCGGCUGGACAAGAAUUUUUCGGCACACGGCCAAGACCUCCGCACUGGUCAAAGUAUCGUUUGCAUAGACGAGCAUGGAGGGACAUAUAUGAGCUGUCGAACUCUAAAUCAGUGCUGUAUUUAUGUGCUGUGGGCAAGUUCUGCAAUGCUUGAAAAUCUACAUCAGGGGCCUUACUGGCAGGAUCAUUCCCUUGGACGUCAAUCACUCGGACACUAUUGCAGACGUCAAAUUCAUGAUCCAGGAAAAGGAUGUCGCCCCUGUAGAGCUACAGCGGUUGAUCUUCUGCAGUCAUGAAAUGACAGAUCAAGAGACUUUCGCAGAAUGUCGCGUCACCAACGAGAGUACACUGCACCUGAUUCUCAGGUUACGUGGAGGAGGAGAUAGCUUUAACGACCGCGGCGCAGGCUUUGCAGCUGGCGACAAGAUCUCUCAGAAGAUCAUUCGCGACCGCUUACCUACUGCUGCAUACGACUUCGACGCAGGCUGUCGCCUCCGCGUCACAAUCCUGACUCCAACCUUCCUAUCUCAACUCACCGGUCAAGCGCCAAUAUACACUCCCAAAUCCGCCAGGACGUAUCUUGACGAAGGCUUGCCUUGGUUUGCUCUGUACGACGAGGGCGUCCCUGCUAUAAACAACAUCUCUCCCAAUCACCCGCUCGCCGCUGUUAAGUCACUACGUGCGACACUAGCCGAACGAAGGUACACGAAUCCUGCGAGUUACAGGCGUUGCUACUGCACUACGACUGCGACCUUCCAGCUACAGCCUUGCGGGCAUCUACUUUUUCAGGACCGUGCGGACGGCCUCCCCGAAGGCGAAUGUCCAAAGAAUUGUCGAGUUGUCAUUAAGAGGAAGAAGCUUAUGGCGGAAGCCCUUGCAGAGCACGAGGCAGGUCGGGACUGUCCCGCUGCUGGCUCAUCCGACGAACGCACUACGGUGCUAUCGAGGUGUGCAGAGAAAGGUAUUGUUGGGACGUUCGUGCGCACUGCAGAUAGCGUCUCGAUACUGUCGUCUGACCCUUCGAACUACUAACACAACUCAUCCUCUGCCCCUGCCCGCGAUCCCUCACUUCGAUUCGUCCAUUCUCGCUGAGCGGAUCGGAACACUGUACCGCACAAUACGCGAUCCCGUCCUGUACAGUAUCUACGUCCAGCGUUCAUCGAAACAUUUAUCUAUUGCUGACCGGCUGCGUUCGAGAUCG